UGUAACGGAAACUGUGAGCUGGAUACUGUAGUUUCAAGAAAGCUCUGCCCAUUUUGUAAAUACGACAAAUGUCUUAGGAUUGGAAUGAAGACAACGGCAGUGUUAUCAGGAAUCACCAAAAAUGAAACACAGCCAAGAGAAGGGACGAGUAGUAGUAACGGAUGGGCAGUGGGAAACUUGACGAAUAGCAAACAAAAAAUCUAUCACUUUCCAGGAUCGCAAACUCAACGCUACAAACUAGCGCUCGACGAGAUUUUCUCCAAAGACAUUGACCUAAUUCAUCUGCAUCUGUCUCAAUUCUUUCAAUCUAUUACUCCUAUCAACGAUGAGCAACGAAAAUUCCUUGGCCACCAAUUUAUAGCGCCUUUUGCCUUACUGGACGGCGCAUGGCGAUCCCACGGAUCCGAACUUUUUGUGAUGCCAAACGGAGAUUAUGUAGAUUUGCCUAGUUUGAAUAAUUUCUAUCAGAAUCCA